AGAUCAAUGCCCUGGCCACUCACUUUCUGAUGUUGCACGACGGGAAAUGCUUUGAAUACUUGCGACAUGGCUGCGCGCAUUGAUUGCCAAGAUUGACAGCAGCUCUGCCCCGAGUCUUCUCCUGUCUGAGCGCGCGAGGGAGGGAGAUAAAGAGCAGAUAGACGGAACAACAAAAGGUACUUGUAGUUUUGGACAACUGAACUUCGAGAGCGUGCGUACGGGAUCCCAGUCCCUGUAUGGCCGAGCAGAGUCAAGUUUUCGCUCAACAGAUAGCUCAGUGAUCUUUCCCCCCUCCUUUUUUUUAAAGUUUCCCCAAAGUCUAGCUGAGAGCUUUUAGUCGUGUUUUCUUCUUUUUUUGCGCACCAGGAAGGACGCGCGGCUCUCCUCUCCACGGCUCACAUCUUCAAGGUUAUUUACAUGAAUUCAACAUCAGCUAACCAGUGAUCGCUGGGAGCUGGGGAUCAAGUCUUUCAGUUUUUAAACCCCACACGCUGACAUGGAGGGCUUUCUUCGUAGCAGCUUUUUACUGAGCAGAGUCAUGUCUUCUAAGCAAGCGACAUCUCCUUUUGCCUCUGUGGUUGAUGGCGACGACGCCAUGGGUCAGGAGCACUUACCCUGGGAGAAAGAUGAGAGCGCAGAAGCUCACGGCACACCUCAGCUGCCUCUGCACAGCUUGCUCCACGGAAAAGCCCCGGACGAAAUGCAGCCGCUGAGCAGCGUCCCGCCGGAAAGCGACUGGGACAGCCUGGUGUCGGCACAGCAGCGCAUGGAAUCUGACAGCAAUAAAGUAUGCUCCCUGUACUCCUUCCGGAACAAUUCCACUUCUCCACAUAAGCCUGAGGAGGGGGCCCGGGAGCGAAGUGACCUGCUGAGCGGAUCAGCGUUCGGAACUCCGGAGCGUCGCAAAGGAAGCCUGGCAGACGUGGUGGACUCUCUGAAGCAGAAGAAACUAGAGGAGAUGACAAAGACAGAACAUGAUGAAUCCUCGUGCAUGGAGAAGCUUCUGUCUAAAGACUGGAAAGAGAAGAUGGAGAGGCUCAACACCAGUGAGCUGUUGGCAGAAGUAAAAGGUACUCCGGAGAGCCUGGCAGAGAAGGAGCAUCAGCUCUCCACAAUGAUCACCCAGCUGAUCAGCCUGCGAGAGCAGCUUCUGGCUGCACACGACGAGCAGAAGAAGCUCGCUGCGUCACAGAUGGAAAAGCAGAGGCAGCAGAUGGAACUGGCUCGACAGCAGCAGGAGCAGAUUGCGAGACAACAGCAGCAGCUUCUGCAGCAGCAGCACAAGAUCAACCUCCUCCAGCAGCAGAUCCAGCAGGUCCAGGGUCACAUGCCUCCGCUCAUGAUCCCCAUUUUUCCACACGACCAACGCACUCUAGCAGCAGCAGCAGCCGCCCAGCAAGGCUUCCUCUUCCCCCCAGGAAUGUCUUACAAGCCAGGUGAUAACUACCCGGUGCAGUUCCUUCCAUCCACAAUGGCAGCUGCAGCAGCGUCAGGACUCAGCCCCCUCCAGCUUCAGCAACUGUAUGCCGCCCAGCUUGCCAGCAUGCAGGUGUCUCCUGGAGCCAAGAUGCCUCCUCUGCCACAGUCCCUCAACUCUAGUGGGCCGAUUUCUCCUUCAUCUCUAAAGAAUGACAAGAGUUCCUCAAGCCCCAUCACUCAAGUCAAGGAGGAAGGAACACAGCCCCUCAACCUGUCUGCUCGUCCAAAAACGACAGAAAUGGUCAAAUCGCCUACAUCCCCAACGUCCAACCUGUUUCAUGGCAGCAAAAGCAGUCCUAACAGCCUCCUCAGUAAAGGCGGCAUCCCCAGUCCUCUUGGAGGAGGCCUCGGCCGGGGUUCUUCUCUCGAUAUUUUGUCCAGCCUAAACUCCACUGCGCUGUUUGGAGAUCAAGACACAGUGAUGAAGGCCAUCCAGGAGGCUCGCAAAAUGAGGGAGCAGAUCCAGAGGGAGCAGCUGCAACAUCACCAGCAGGGCAUGGAUGCAAAGCUGUCUGCCCUGAGUUCUGUGGGCCUCAACAACUGCAGAGCUGACAAGGAGAGGAUGCAUUUUGACAACCUUGGACAUCAGCUCAGUAAACUGGGAGAAGAAGGAAAAAUCGGCCACAGAGUUAUUGACCUCACCCGGCCCGAGGAUCUCGAUGGAGGCGCUGGAUCCACUGAGGCGCGGGUCUUCAGGGAGUCCAGGGGACGGAACAGCAACGAGCCGCACAUUAAACGGCCGAUGAACGCGUUCAUGGUAUGGGCCAAAGACGAGCGGCGCAAGAUCCUCCAGGCGUUCCCUGACAUGCACAACUCCAACAUCAGCAAGAUUUUGGGCUCACGGUGGAAGUCCAUGUCCAACCAGGACAAGCAGCCGUACUACGAAGAGCAGGCCCGUCUGAGCAAGCUCCAUCUAGAGAAGUAUCCAAACUACAAGUACAAGCCACGACCUAAAAGGACCUGCAUCAUCGACGGCAAAAAGCUCCGCAUUGGGGAGUACAAGCAGAUGAUGCGCUCACGGAGGCAAGAAAUGAGGCAGUUCUUCACUGUGGGCCAGCCUCCUCAGAUUCCCAUCACCACCAGCGCCAGCAUGGUCUACCCCGGGGCAAUCACCAUGGCGACCACCACGCCCUCACCUCAGAUGACGUCGGAUUGCUCGAGCGCCUCAGUGAGUCCUGAGCCUUCCAUUCCCGUCAUUCAGAGCACUUACAACAUGAAGCUAGAGCCCGGCGUCAUGGCAAACAACAGCGAGCCCGUCAACGGCGAGGAUGAGAUGGACAUGUAUGAAGACUUUGAGGACGAGCCCAAAUCAGACUAUAGCAGUGAAAAUGACACACAAGAGCCAGUCAGCGCUAACUGAGAGCUUCUGAAUGGGAAGAGGCUAAGGCAGACACAACACUCACACAGGAGGAUGCCCAAAGGGCUGUUUGCAACCGAGGGACAAACUCACACAAACAUUCACGGGGGAAGGAAAAGAAACACGAUCAUGUAGACACCAGCAUGCAGCUACGGCUUCAUCCAUCAAAAGCUAUGUGGUCUUAAAUAUUUCUUUAGGUUUGUGUAGAAUUUUGAUUGUGCUAAUUUAUAUUUGUUUUGUAUUCAUUGCUUUUUGUUUUGGCAUCACGGACAAAGUUACACAAUUAGGUUGUUGCCCACGGCGGGAGUCAGAACUUGAAGCUGGACGUUUGUAUGAUCCUGUACUUCUUACAGUCACCUUGUCUUCAUCACGUCUUUGAUUUUGCAACAUUAUCGAACCAUUUAAGACGGGAAUAAUACUCUCACUCAGGUAAAGUGUGCCAGCCAACAGCUUGUGAAUGUUUCUAAUCAUGAGGAGAAAAAUAUGGUCAAUACAAAUAUUUCAAUCGGAAUUCAAUAUUAAAAGGGUAAUAAUAAUAAUAAUAAUAAUAAUAAUAACAACAAUAAUAAUUAUUAUUAUUAAACUUCAUUUUUUGUGUGAAAGUGCCAAAUACUUCAUGUUGAUUUGCAAACUAAAGUCUUAGACAGUCUUUCCUCGCUCUAACAGAUCAAACGAACGAAGCGGCGUAUCUCUGAGCCAGCGAGCUCUUUAAGAAGUAAAAAAAUGUGACAUCUUUGGACAGAAAGCUAGCUGUACUCCAGGGAGAUGAAUGCAGUGAUCAUCCAUGACACCCCUUGUCAUUCGUUUAUCCCAGUUUGAACAGGAAAUUGCAGCGUUAUUUCCAGCUCUGCAGCCCAGUCAGACUCACAAAAAUCUUAAUCAGUGAUAGUAAUCAGGCCAGAGAGCUAAAGGGCCAAAGGACUCCAAUCUGCAGGAUUGGAACAGGAACGAAAGGCAGCUUUGGUGGCAUUAACCAAGUUAAAUUGAUGUUGUACAAUGUGUAGCUGUAAAGCUACGGUACAUUCUGUUAAACACUUUAGCCCCGUUUGGACAGCAUGUUUAAAGUCUUACAUCUUAAAAUGUAAUUUUUUUUAGACAUUGUAAAUCUUGAACUGACACUAAGAAGUCUUAAAAACAGCGCGGUGAAGGGGUUUAUACGACGAGAUGAUUAGUGAAGGAGUGACAAAUCGCCUGGAUGUGCCUCAACAAAGGGAAAAGGCUGCAAACAUGUUUACCUUCAACAAAUGUGGCUCAAAAACAGAUGUUUCUUAUGAUGCACAUUUAUAAAAUCGCUGCCAUUCAUGAGUUUUAUUUGUUAAUAAAAACAACAACUACUAGAAAAUGACCUUAAAUAGAUGGUCAAAAGAGUCUGCCGUUGCACAAAAUAACUUGAGCAUUCACAGCCUUGAUGCUGAGGCUCAGAUCAGUAGAGAAGGUCUAAGUGGCUCUCCUCUCUGCCAUGCCCCGCUCUGACCCCAGUCUGUGGCAACCUGAGCACUCAGGGGGCACCAUCUGGCUCAGAAAGGAAGAAAGCAGUGGGGAAGUGUGGGAAACAAUGAAAGAACAGGGUGUGUGUCCCUCAUUGUGCUCUCCAUCAAAGUGCUGGAAGUAAGGCCUCGACAGGGCUUCCACCGCGGCCCACUCACCAGGCACUGGCGAGCAGAUGGAACAAGUACAUCAAGCUGUGGGGGAUUAUUAAAAUGACUGACGACUGGGUAUCAUCUGAAAUACGGCAUUAUUAAUGCAUGAGUCCAGUUAUUCCCCUCCCUUGCCCUUGAACUCGUCCAUUUCAGAGAGCUUUGGGAAGAGUCUGCUCACUGGCUCGAGCCGGUCAGCGUCCCGGUGCCGGUCGCUGCAUUUUUCUCUCGGCUCUAAUCGGUACAGAUGGCUCAUUUUUGCCCACUUAUUUCCCAAAGCCUUCUCGCCAAUACACGGUCACUUUUAGAACAUUUAGACACUGUUCAUGCAUGCUUUAUGAAUCACUUCAUUGGUGAAUUUUUUUUUUCCAUUGCAUCUCUUCUCCUUUGAGCAGCAGCUUACGGGUGCUCUGCUACGAACAAACUCGAGUGACUUUCCCUCUGACUCAACCUGUUUGGUAUUUUCUAAGGUGUUUCCUCCUGUUUGCUUGUGGUUCAGUUGAUUUGUUUGUGAUUGUAAAUAAUUUCCCGACUGCGCCACACUGCAUUAGCUGGCUGGCUGUUGGACUCUUCAAGGAAGGGAAACUUGACUGUGCUUAUUAGAGCAAACACACACACACACACACAUACACAGAAAAAAGAAAACGAUAACAUGAACUCAGAAAGAGACGAUGUGUUAUAAGCACUGGAAAUAAAUUGUAUUUUUUUUAAUGCUGAUUAAUGUGAAGUUGAGUACAAAAAAAAAAAAAGAAACAUCAUGAAUGAACAAGAUUCCUUGGCCGGACUCAAAACUGGUUUGCUGUCAUGAUUACCAGAUUUGGUUGAAUUUUUUAUUUUUGGUGUGUGUUUGUUUUCUGUUUGUCUUUUUAUUUUGUGUAUUUAUGCAAAGGCACGCGUGUGUGUGACAAAAGAACACUUUGUUGAAGCUUCAGGGCUGCCUUAGGGAAGGACUCAGCACAAGAAAGUGAGCAGAAAAUUCAACAGCAGGCUCAGAGAGCUGUGAAAACAACAAGACGUCAGUGCAUUUAUAUCCUAUUUGAUACUGCAGUGUGUUUUAUUUAUUAUUAGCCACUGUCGGCUCUAAAAUCUUCAGUAAAUCAUCCACAACAUGGACAAUCAGAAAAAAGAGAAUUUAAAAAAUAAUAAUUUGGAGCAAAACAUGUUUUCAGUGAAUUCACCGUAAACGUUUUUAUUUUUUUGUAAAUAUGAAUCAUGUUAUGUUCAUUAGUCAGUAAUAAGUUAUGAAAAUGGCAGUUUUAUGUUAUGGUCUCUUUUGUGCGUCACGUGUCUUAAUGUCUGGCAAGUCACCGUACCUCAUGUAAAGACUGAUUUAAUUUUUUCCCUGCUACUUGGAAAAGUUUUUGUCCCGACACAAAGAAGCAAUUCAUUUUAUAAGGUACUAAAUCAAACAACAAGCACUUAAUGUAAAAGUCAUUCAUCCACAUGUUUAUUAUAACUAUAAAGUGGUAUGCGGCCACCGGCAGGUGCAUCUCUCAUUUGUGUUUUGUAGCAAAUUUUUUAAAGAUCAUCUGAAAAUUUCUGCAUGCAUUUGGCUUGCAUUGACUUUAUUCUAACCUUUUUUUUUUUUUUUUGCAAAUUACUAAUUCAAACACAAUCUUAAGGUUUUCUAUGGUGAGAAAGGUUAUUUAUUUCUUCAAAAGUUGUCCAAAGCACAGCUCUUGUGCGUUCUGUUUGUACGAUCUCACUUUGCCGUUUCUUUUUGUACGCUGCCGUUUUUUUUUUAUGGCUUCAACAAUCCAGAAUCUGCAAACGUAGCCCUUAGCUUUUUUUUAAUCAUGUGCAAAUGUUUUCAAUGAACUGAGUACAAAAAGAAUCUAUGCUGUUUUAUUACUGUAAUUUGAUUAAAUUUUAUUUUUCCUGUCUUAAUGUCGUGAUGUAAAUGGUGGGAAUGUUCUCCAUGUUAAUUUAAUCAGCACAAUUCACUGACAUGCUGGACUGACAUGCUAGCUGCUGUUCAGAAAAGUGUAAAAAAAAAUCUUGUUUGGAGGCAACAUUUUUAGUUGCCUUUGGUACUCUGAUUUUAAGAGUUGUCUUUUCAAGCAACACUGUGUGGGGCUCUUCGAUGACUGGAGCCAUUGUUUAAAAAAAAUGCUGGCAGCCUGAAACAAUUAUCUGCGUAAACUCUUUUUGGUUAUUUCCUCUCCUGGCAGGUACGUAAAUCCCAUGGCAAGUAUUGUUUGGUUGUUAUUAGAGAAAAAAAUAAAUAGAAAUACAUAGUGUCUGUUGCUGCUUUAAAGGAAAAAAUGUUUAUGUCUGAAUAUGUAAAUAGUUUAUCAUAAUAUCUUGUACAGUCCAAUGUAAAGUUUUUAAUUCAAUUUAAAAUAAUGUUGCCAUCACGUUUGUGUUCUUCAUACAGGAAAAAGGUCAAUUAUUUACAAGGGUGUAUAAAUGCUGGGAAAAAAAAGAGAGAAAAUGUUACUUAAUUUUCUUUUAUGUUUGUUUUGCUUGGCUUCAAAGUAUACACAAGCAUUUUAUUUUAUUUUUUGUUUUGUUUUUCAUGUGCAGUAUUGACGUGAGGUAAACUUAAGGUGAACAAUUUUACUUUGGUGUGUGUGGAGAGCCGUCUUCUUGGCUUUGUUUGGUAGUAUUAAUACACUAUAUCAAGAAAAAAGCAAACCAAUGAUUGACACGUGGGUGCAUAUGAGCACCGUAGAAAUGUGUAUACUGUAAAUUAUUAAAUUAUCCCCACAGGAUCACUUGAAACAUAAUAUAAAGCAGCAUUUUCCGUAAGUCUUGGUCCACUGUGUCGAUGCAGCGGUGGGCCGAAUAACUGCCUGUUUUUUGCUCAUUUACCUCAAGAAUUAAGUUUUUUUCUGUAAAAGAAACAGAAAACUGUGUUGCAGAAAGCUUCUCACAUCACUCCAUCUUUUGUACUGCUGUUGACACUUACCAAUUAAAGAGACAUCUUGUUUUAAGAA